AUGAAAAACCGUCCCAAGUCGUUGUUCCAUGAAACUGCAAAAUUCGUUGCUCUUUACAUGGAUACGGACGUGAUGGCUGUUCUAGAUAACACUGAGACAUGUUACACUUGUGGAUUCAGUGAUGCAAAGUUCGUGAUGCAGGUGGAUGAAAGUUUAGUGGACAAGUGCCCAGCAGGAGAGAACCCACCAACUUUUGAUGGCGUGAUGGCGGAGGGUGACGCUUCCACAACGACUCCUGAUGGCAUGAUUCAAAACUACACCAUAGCUUACACUGGCACCGGAUGGAAGUUUUCAGUUUUCUGUAAGCGUGAAAAUUUGGUGUUUAAGGAAAAAUGUUUCUACAGCUAUGAAGAGAUGCAAAGAAGACUUUUCUUCUAUAGAAGACCAAGCAUCGAUUGGUGUAUUGCGGUGGGCUACACACAGUACAUCAACAGUUCCUACUCUCAGUCCUCAAUUUUCUGCAAAAAAUACAAUUUGGAAUUCAGUGGUGUGGCUAGUGCUGCUGAAGUGGAACGGCUCGUUUAUCAACUCAAUGCUCUUAGAAAACGGUUAAAUGUACGUAUCUUGAACGCGUUUGUAGACGCUCAGAGGACCACGGAAUGUCAGGCAACGCCUACAACUAAGAAAUGUAUGAGUAUAGAAGGAUUCACUACUACGGAUAAAAGUGUUCAAAACCUAGAUGCCUAUCAGUUUAUGACAGAUGCAUCUGCUGGUGCGACAACUGGGAAACAAUGUAUGGUGAUGAUGGGAGAUGUUGUGAACGAUGGGAAAAUUGAUUUUGUGGAGUGA